AUGGAUCCAACAGGACAGAGUCGUCGUCGGGAAAUAUGGGAUCGGUUCUGUGGUAAAGGCAGAAAGAAAGUGGGCUGGCGAGAGAGCGCCAGGAAUACUUUGUUUAGUAGCAUAUUGAACGUACUUCUCAUAUUCAUUCCUUUUGCUUGGGCUGCGCAUUUCGAGAAGGAAGAAGGCACUUGGGUUGACGAUAAGGUCGUCUUCUCCCUAUGUUUCUUGGCCAUCAUACCACUCGAGAGGCUUUUCGAAUUCGGUGGAGAGCAAAUGGCGCUGUACACUGGAAAGGAUCUCGGUGAUUUGAUUAUAGUGACCUUAAAUAAUGCCGUUGAAGCUGCUCUUGCCAUAAUUUUGCUGGUCAGAUGCGAACUCCGAAUUCUGCAAUCGACUAUUAUUGGUGUUGUUUUGCUACACCUACUCCUAGUACCGGGGACUGGCUUCCUCACAGGAGGAAUGGGUGUAUACCAACAAUCCUUACAUCCACACUAUACACAGCUCAACCUUACUCUUCUUGCCGUUGGGGUACUGAGCUUGCUAAUACCUGCAGCGUUCUUUGCUGCGCUUGACAAUAGCACUACAGCGGAAGCUGCACUCGAAGGCCAAAAUUCAAUUGACAAUUUUCUAAAAAUGAGCCAUGGACUUGCUGUUAUUCUCCUCACAAUAUACUGUGCAUCCCGGAUCUUCCUGCAUAAUCCACCUGGCGAUCAUAAUGCUUUCUUGCCGACCGAUAGCGCCCCGAAAGAACUACAUCGGCAUGAACGACAUCUGUUGCGUACGGAGCCGGAAGUGAACCCUUGGUUCUGCGCUCUGUUCUUGAUUGCGACAAUUGUUAUUAUGGCUAUCACCGCUGUAAUGUUGGUUGAGUCGAUCGAGCACGUUCGAGAAGACGGGAAGAUCACAGAAGAAUGGUUCGGUCUAAUCCUACUCCCUAUCGUAUCAUUCUCUGCAGACGGAGCUAUCGCGGUGUUAUACUUCUUCCGCAAGAUGUUAUUCCUGAAACCGGAAUCACCAAAGGCACUUGCAGAGGGACGACAAAUCGAGUUGAGCAUCCAGUUUGUGUUGUUUUGGAUGCCGUUUCUGGUGUUGUUGGCGUGGUGGACGAAUCGGCCGCUUCUGUUGCUUUUUGAUAUGUAUGAGGUUGCUGUCCUUCUUGGAGCGUGUUUCCUUGUGAACUAUAUCACGGCUGACUCGAAGACGAAUUGGGCGGAGGGAUACGUUAUGAUUGCGUUCUACAUUAUGAUUGCGAUGUGUACGUGGUUCUACACUGGCCAAGGAGCUAUCGCCGCUAUGCUCGAAGGGUGUCAUGCGAGUCUGGCGGAGGUCGAGGGUGAUCCGCUUGGUGAGGCCGUUAAGAUGGUGGAGGAGGCUGUGAGCACUGUCAUGGAGGAUGUGACGAAGAGGACCGUUGCUGUGAAGUGGUAG